GUCUAAACAACAUCAAUUUUGCAUGAAAAUUAAAGACCUGAUCCCGAUCACAGGAUCGUGCAAAGAGAAGGCGGUACUAGUUUGCCCUGUCAUGGGCGAUCCCGAUCAGAGAUCACAUAUAUCUGGUUCUUGGUAAAUUGCAGCAAACGUUUGUCGACUGAGAUCAAUGGCUUUGGCCAGAUCCCUCGUGCGAGCGCAACGACAGUUUGUAAGGACGGUAUUUACCACCACAAGAGGCUCGUCAUCUGUUGUUAGCAAGGGAGCCUACAAUGUCACGGAGUUUGACGAAGGGAUGCUGGAGUUUCUAGCCUGUCCCCUUAGCAAGACCCCUCUGAGGUGGGAUGAGGCUACUUCAUCACUCAUUUGCGACGAGCUGGGAGUUGCAUACCCUGUGAACAAUGGGAUGCCGAACCUGCGCCCGGCUGAUGGGCACGUGAUUGAGGCUCAAGACAGGGAGUCCAGCACUAGUCAGCAGCCAUGGGGUGACACAGAUGCGGUUCCCAAAUGAACAUAAAGGGUGAAACAAGGCGCUGCACUGAUGUUCUAGAAUAAAGCUUAUAACGGUGCGUGGCACUUCUGCACUACUUUUCAAGAAUCAACUGCUGCGCCAAUGGCAUUGCUGCUGAUUGCCGCUUUUGCCCAAGGCGGCCUCACGGGAUUCUCCGUCAGGUGUUUUGGAUCAUCAUGACGGGAAAAUAUCUGAUGAGCAGCCCUCAAAAUGUUUCCAGCUCAAUUACAUGUAUAUGUACAUCAAUCACUCAUUGGCAAGACACUCAAAGUGGAUUAAAUCAAUACAGAAAGACCAGCAUUGGCAGCCUAGGCCUUCUAACGACAUACUGCUGUACAUGCCUUUCUUGUCUUGGCACCCGAGAGGCCAACAAUGCGCAUGCUACAUUAGUGCAAAAGGGUACAUAGACCGCAGGAUGUUGCAAUGUCAAGGAUAAAUAUGCUUCCAACUGCAAAAUGCCGAUGCAAUGCAAGACACCUGUCAAAGAGCUCUCUACCUGACCAGCAGCACCCACCCAGCAGCAUUAUGCUCAUGUAUGUGGCAAUGUGCCUCUUCAAAACAUCUACGAAAUUGCACUCAGCCAAAGAGAGCAUAUGGUACAUGAAUCAGACAAGCCAACAACACAUUAGAAGACUGCACCUCUUGCCAGAAAGCAUAGUCCUACAUAGGAAGGACCAAGAUAUCCUACAUAGUAUGUACCAAAGAUACAGGAGCAGAUCUGGGGUAUAAGCAAUGACCCCUGGCACACAGUACCCAUUUAUGGCAUGCACAAGACAGAUGUGCAGCACUGCAUCACAUUGAUGCCGGGCAAGGGCCUACAGCUAGAAACCACAAGAAUGCGUUUUCUGUUGUACAGCGAGCGUUCAAAAACACCGAGAAACAUUCAAAUCUGGCCUGCCCGGAUCUGAUGGCCAUUACUGAAGGC